UCAAAGUACUGUUGGAAAAAACGGAGACGUGCAUUAUUUGAAGAACGUCGUAAAAAAAAUAAUGUCAUUGAAAGAAAGGAAGGUAUUUCCUACCAGUCCAAUUGUGGAGUAGAUAUUGGUGUAAACUUUAUUGAUAAACCUAUGGUUUUAGAAAACAAAUUAAUAAUUACAGAGAAGCCACAACUCGUGUAUUUAGAUAUUGAGAGUACAGGAUUUGUAGGAAGUGAAAUAAUUCAAAUCGCAGUUAAAUGUAACAGUGAUGAAUUUAGCGCAUAUAUUAUGCCAUCAAAAAAUAUUCCUCCUCACAUCACAGACUUGACUGGCAUCAAAUUAUACAACGGGACAUUGGUAGUAGAUUCUUCACCAGUUUUAACUCUCUCACCUCGACAAGCAGCCAAUGAGUUUUUAUCAUAUUUAAAAAAUUUUGGUGAAAAUAUUAUAUUAGCCGCACACAACUGUUUUACAUUUGAUGGACCGAUGAUUUUACAAUUCAUGCAAGAAGUAGAUGUAAUAGAUGAAUUUUCAUUAAUCGUGAAAGGUUUUACUGAUACAUUACCUGUGAUGAAGAAGCAUUUGAAAGAUCGAACUAAAGCUAAAAAAAGAUUCAAAAGAAAAAGAUGAAAACGGAAAAUUGUCAAAAACCGAAGGAGUUUCUGCAGGUAUGAUUUCUAAGAUGGUACAGGCAGGAAUUACCAUAGAACAUUUAAAAGAAACUUUUAUUAAUUUUGGGAAAGAAGGAAUAAAAUUACUACUUGGACAAAAUGUUGGAAGUCAAGCACGAGUGACAACAACAGGAAGAAUUAUUGAUGCCAUUGUAAUAAGAUUACAAAAAAUUUGUAUUAUUAAAUAAGAAAUAAAUAAGAUGAAAUGAAAAAAAAAA